AUGUCUGUGUUGGACGUACUUUGGGAAGACCGGGACGUCCGUUUCGACGUGUCCUCGCAACAAAUGAAAACCAGACCUGGGGAAGUCCUUAUUGAUUGCUUAGAUUCAAUUGAAGAUACCAAAGGAAAUAAUGGAGAUAGAGGAAGACUCUUAGUAACAAAUUUAAGAAUUAUCUGGCACUCUUUGGCAUUGCCCAGAGUCAAUCUUUCUAUCAGUUACAACUGCAUAUUGAAUAUUACAACAAGGACUGCUAACUCUAAAUUACGAGGUCAAACUGAAGCUCUUUUUAUACUAACAAAGUGUAACAGCACUCGCUUUGAAUUUAUAUUCACAAAUUUGGUUCCUGGAAGCCCUAGACUUUUUACUUCUGUGAUUGCAGUACAUAGAGCAUAUGAAACUUCUAAAAUGUAUCGUGAUUUUAAAUUGAGAAGUGCGCUAAUUCAAAACAAACAACUAAGAUCAUUACCACAAGAACAUGUAUAUGACAAAAUCAAUGGAGUAUGGAACUUAUCCAGUGAUCAGGGAAAUCUAGGAACCUUUUUUAUUACCAAUGUGAGAAUCGUGUGGCAUGCAAAUAUGAAUGAUAGUUUUAAUGUCAGUAUACCAUAUUUGCAAAUUCAUUCGAUAAAGAUUAGAGAUUCAAAAUUUGGUUUAGCUCUUGUCAUAGAAAGCUCUCAACAGAGUGGAAGAUAUGUUCUUGGCUUUAAAAUAGAUCCUGUGGAAAAACUACAGGAAUCAGUUAAAGAAAUCAAAUCACUUCACAAAGUCUAUUCUGCCAGUCCUAUAUUUGGAGUGGAUUAUGAAAUGGAAGAAAAGCCACAGCCCCUUGAAGCUCUGACAGUUGAACAAAUUCAAGAUGAUGUAGAAAUAGAUGCUGAUGAUCACACAGAUGCUUUUGUGGCUUAUUUCGCUGAUGGCAAUAAGCAACAGGAUCGUGAACCUGUAUUUUCGGAAGAACUGGGGCUUGCAACAGAGAAAUUGAAGGAUGGAUUCACACUACAGGGACUUUGGGAAGUAAUGAGUUGA